AUGCCUCUCGCAAACCCCGCCUUCCCCUCCUCCGCCGCCUUCGACGUCAUCAACGCCUCCAUCAGCGCCAACACCGCCGACCGCAACGAUGCCAUCAAGGCCGCCCAAGCCAUCUUCUCCUUCGUGCUGACAAACGAGAAUGGCGACACGGAGAGCUGGUAUCUUGACCUGAAGGAGAAGGGUGAGGUUGGGAAGGGUGCUGCACCUGAGGGGAAGAAGGCUGAUGUCACGCUCCAGCUCUCAGAUUCCGACUUCGCGGCCCUCGUCAGCGGCAAGGCCAAUGCCCAGCGUCUGUUCAUGGGCGGCAAGCUGAAGAUCAAGGGCAAUGUCAUGAAGGCGACGAAGAUGGAGCCUAUCCUCAAGAAGGCUCAGACCCAGUCUAAGCUGUAA